AUGUAUCAAGACCAAAGAUGCUACAAUCAUUUCUUGGCCAUCAGGCCAGAGACAAUUGAAAAAAAUGGGGAACAUGGCAAACUGGUCUACUAUUGUGUGAAAAAGGAUUCCUGGGUAAUUACAGAGGAUGGGCAUGGCCCUGAGCAAGAUAUCAUUAUCCAGGAGGGGUAUUAUAAGCAUGCUUAUAAGGACUAUGAUGCUCCUGCUCUGACUAUCCCUGCUGAUGAAUUGUGGAAAGCCCUGUUGAAAUGUAAAGAAGUAACAGGAGUGCUAAAAAGUGAUAUGGAGUCCUACAAAAAUACUGGUACCACUGGGGAACCCGACACCGAGGAUUCCGAGCCAAGUGAAAGGUGGCAGCAACAGGUAGUUAUGGAGGUUGAUUUCAAUGCUCCUGUUCCGAAGAAGUUGAAAUGA